UUCUUCUCUCUUCUCGUUUUAUUUAUGUUUGGUUUCAAGGAAAAACGAAAAGGAAAAUAACAGAGGUAAAACUUAGUUGAGGAGGGAAGUUUAAGAACGUUUAACAAAGGGAAAGUAGAAAAUUUUCUUCCGUUUUCCUUUAUUUUCUCUCACUUUUCCUUUUAUUUUCUCAUCAACAAUCUUCUCCAUCAUUGUUGCUGGGAAUUUCUUUUAUCUUAUUAUUAUCUAUUGCUAUUAUUAUCCAUGACGAGCAAGUUCCAAAGAGCCAUCGGCCGUGUUAAAGACCAGACUAGCAUUAGUCUGGCCAAAGUCGGCGGCAGCACGUUGCUUUCCGACCUCGACGUCGCCAUCGUCAAGGCGACGCGACACGAAGAAUACCCCGCCGAUGAGCAGUACGUUCGGGAAAUACUUAUGUUGACCUCGAGUUCGCGAGCCUACGUUAGCGCAUGCGUUAACACCCUCUCGAGACGUCUCAACAAGACCAAGAACUGGACCGUGGCAUUGAAGACUCUCAUGUUGAUCCACCGUCUUCUCACCGACGGCGGUCCGGCGUACGAGCAAGAGAUCUUCUUUUCGACGAGGCGUGGGACUCGGAUUCUCAACAUGUCGGACUUCCGCGACACAUGGAGAUCGAACUCGUGGGAUUUCUCGGCGUUCGUGAGGACUUAUGCGUUGUACCUAGACGAAAGCCUCGAAUUCAAGAUGCAUGGGAAGAAUGCGAAACAUAGCAUGUAUAAAUACGAUGACGAAUUUGGGGAAGAAAAUGACGAGAAGGCGAUGGUCGUUAAACCUACAUCAGUUUACGAGAUGAGAACUGAGCAAUUAUUUCAAAGAAUGCAGCAAUUGCAACAGCUUCUUGAACGUUUCUUAGCUUGUCGACCAACAGGUGAAGCCAAAAGCAACAGGGUGGUCACGGUGGCGCUUUAUCCAACCGUGAGAGAAAGUUUCCAGAUUCAUUACGAUAUGAACGAAACAAUGGCAGCUUUAAUCGACCGUUUCAUGGACGUCGACAUGCUGGACGCCAUGAAAAUCUACGAAGUUUUCUGCCGUCAAAGCAAGCAAUUCGACGAGCUCGAUGCUUUCUACUCGUGGUAUAAAACCGUCGGUGUCGCUCGCCUGUCGGAGUUUCCGGAGAUCGAGAAGAUCACCCAAAAGAAACUCGACCUCGUCGACGAGUUGAUCCGCGACAAAUCGGCGUUGGAACAAGGAAACCUAAGCAAAGAGGAACCAAAUAAUGAACCUGUGGAAAUCAAAGAACACGAGCCCAAAGAAGAUAUAAACGCCGUUAAAACAUUGCCGCCACCGGAAAAUCUCAUCGAAGAAGAAGAACCGGAGAAGAAAGACGAAGAUGAUAACUCGAAAGAUAUAGUUGUGCAACAAGAGGCUAACUUGUUAAACUUCGGGUUAGGGGAGGACGCAAUUUCCUUUGAAGACCACGCCGAUAAACUGGCAUUAGCGUUGUUCGACGGCCAUGCACCAGCAGUUCUGUCGUCGGGACCGACAUGGGAAGAUUUGAAAGACAAGACCGAUUGGGAGACCGCACUGGUUCAAUCCGCGAGUAGCUUAAAUAAUCAAAAAGCGGAACUCGGCGGUGGAUUCGACAAGUUGUUGCUCGACGGGAUGUAUCAACAGGGACAGACAAUGGCGGCGAUGCAAAGCUGUGCGACGACUGGAAGUGCUAGCAGCGUCGCAUUUGGAUCGGCUGGAAAACCGGCAAUGCUGGCACUGCCGGCACCACCAUCAUCGGAUGGUGAUAAGAACAAUAAUGGACCAACCCCAGUCGAUCCAUUUGCGGUGUCUCUCACUGUGGCACCACCGUCUUACGUGCAGAUGUCGGACAUGGAAAAGAAGCAGAAACUCCUCGUGGAAGAACAGGUGAUGUGGGAUCAAUAUAGAAUGAACGGAAAGCAAGUACAAGCGUAUCCGUACAAUCAAAGAUGUGCGUGGUAUAGUCAUGGUCAAUCAUAA